UCCUUGUUUAUCAAAUAUUUAACAAGGUCAGACGAUGCUUACAAGUGCUGAGAGCGCCGAAGAGAACGUAUGUUAUUUCUCAGCUCGCGUGUAACGAAUGCAUGUGUGCAAGGCUAUGUGUCCGAAGCUACGUAUGGCUAUGUCCGAAUCGGGCCAAAUAUGGACCGAAUCGGCCUCCGGGACGGGGCCGAUAGUUUAAUCUUAGUUUAUUUUUUGGCCGCAUCAAGCGAGCAAGAACAAUCGAUGCUUUGUUAUCCCCGUUAAAGCCCGAAGCCAGUAAAUCAGAACGCUUCCACGGACGCCGCUUCUUUACCUGCGCGAGAACCGGCAAGAAUGGCGCAUAGGCCAAAGAGAGAGUUCGAUGAAUAAAUUAAACAACGCGGCUGGCCAGCACAAAUCAGCGGCGCCAUCGAUCAACGAUCGCAACGGCUUUCCAUUGAGGACAAUGAAUAAAUUACGAGAUGAUAUCCCACAAUCGGCAGGAUCCAUUAACGUGGACGCUAAAAAUUCGCUGGACCAACCGGUCCGUAGGAGAUAGCGACCGCUUGCAAAAUGAACACGUUACUCACGAAUAAAGGGGAACAUCGGCAGACAUCAAGGAGAUCGCGUUUCGUUAGCAAGAAACACGUUCGAUUCAGUGCCAAUCAUGCGGUGUCUAUUCAUGCUCCAGAUUCUAAUCGCCGUGGUGCAGCCGAACCUCGAAGCCCGGCUAUCUAACGUCAGAGGGAUAUACACCCUACCAGAACACUUACACGAUCACGAGAUCGUAAUACCACGGAAGGUGAAUCACCUAGGCGACUUCAUCUCGGAAAAUGUUACGCAUCAUCAUCAUGAAGACGGGCCAGUCGUUCAUUAUCGAGUGGCAGUGGCCGGUAACGAGUACCACCUCGAACUGACAGCGGUCGACAACUUCAUCGGCCGCGCGAUGGUUGUGGAAAGACAGAAGCGGGACCUGCACGUCCGCAGCCCGGCGAAAAGUCAUGGCAGCAAAUGUCAUUAUCGAGGAUUCAUUAAGGGCCAUCGGAAUUCCCGUGUCGCCCUAUCCGCCUGCGAUGGUCUGGCAGGUAUGCUGCACGGCGAUCACGGCGAGUUCUGGCUGGAACCAGUCGCCGUGUCCCUGGAAGAAAAACGCGGCACGUCGUCGGCGGACGAGGCGACGAGCGGCGACUUAGGCGCCGGUGCCCGCACGUCGGUCUACGGAGGCCCGACGACCGGCGGCCGGCCUCAUCUCGUCUUCCGGCGCUCGGCCGAGCAGCAGCAACAGCAGCUCGAGAUCGGCGCCGGCGGCCGUAGCAAGCGACGACAAAAGAAGAGGAAGCAGGAGAGGAACUGCGGCACCCGCGAACCGCGUCGAUUGACAGAGACGCGGCUCGAAUGGCAAACUCAACCAGGCCUCGUCCAAGUUCAGGGCCGCGGGCGAAGGAAACAUCAUCAAGCGAAACGGUGGCAUCGUUCCAAAAGAUCGAUCAGCACACCGCGUCAUGUCGAGGCGCUUGUCGUCGCUGACACGACGAUGAUGGCUUUUCACCAGGAUGGCGACGUGGAGACCUAUCUCCUGACCAUUAUGAACAUGGUGUCCGCGCUCUACCUCGAUCCGACCAUCGGCAAUUUCAUCAACAUCGUGGUAGUCAGAAUUAUUCUCGUCGAAGAAGAAGACGCAGAGCAAGGACUGGACAUCACGGUCAACGCGGAUAAGACCCUAUACAAUUUCUGCAAAUGGCAGCAGAAGCUAAAUCCGGACGACGACUCGCACCCAAAUCACCACGACGUGGCGAUUCUGGUGACAAGAGAGGACAUUUGUUCGCGUGCGAAUACUCCUUGCAGUACAUUGGGAGUGGCGCACGUUGCUGGCAUGUGUCAACCGGAACGCAGCUGCAGCGUCAACGAAGACAAUGGAAUCACGUUAGCGCAUACGAUCACACACGAAUUGGGGCAUAACUUCGGAAUGUAUCACGACACGGAAAAAAUCGGCUGUACUAAACGUGAAGGCGACACUCUGCAUGUAAUGACGCCAACUUUUGAGGUGGAUGCUGUUGGAGUGGCAUGGUCUAGAUGCUCCAGAAGAGACAUCACGAACUUUUUAGACCAAGGAAAAGGCGAUUGUUUGGAAGACGAACCGGCGGGUAACGAUUACGCGUAUCCGGAUUUGCCACCCGGGGCAAUGUAUAACGCUGAGCACCAAUGCAGGUUGCAAUUCGGCGUAAGAGAAGCUUUUGUUUGCUCCCCUUUGCAGGAGAUCUGCUCGAAACUGUGGUGCAUCGUGGACGGUUCCUGCACCACUAUGCUGCAUCCGGCAGCUCCGGGAACACAUUGUGGAAAACAUAUGUGGUGUCAAAAUCAAGAAUGCGUGCCCAUCGUCGAUCGACCGCGACACAUCGACGGCGGUUGGGGCGAAUGGGGAUCGUGGAGCGAAUGCUCGAAAACUUGCGGCGCCGGGGUCUCGAUUGUCGAGAGGAAGUGCGACCAUCCGGAGCCAGCACACGGCGGAAAGUUCUGCAUAGGUGAGAGGCGCCGCUACAAAAUCUGCAACACGCAACCUUGUCCGGAAGGCACGCCGAGCUUCCGCGCCGUGCAAUGCAGCAAUUAUGACGACAAAGAGUACAAGGGAAAAAACUAUACCUGGCUGCCGUAUUUCGAUCAAACGGAACCUUGCGAGCUUUAUUGCACCGAUACAGAUGAAAGCGUAAUCGUACCUUGGGGAGAGGCUGCUCUCGAUGGUACUCCAUGCAACGUCGGUACCAGGGACAUGUGCAUCGCUGGCAUAUGCAGGAAAGUCGGUUGCGAUUGGAUGGUGGAUUCCGACGCUACGGAAGAUCGCUGCGGUAUUUGUCAUGGUGACGGCACUCAAUGCGAGACUACCAGCGGCGUUUACGACAAAAACGAGGGUCCUGGAUACAAGGAAAUCGUUAUCAUACCGUCCGGUUCUCGAAACAUUAAGAUCGAGGAGGUCGGUAAUAGCAAGAAUUACAUCGGCAUCGGCGUGCCGGGUUCCGACAAAUAUUUCCUCAAUGGAAAACGGCAGAUCACUUUAGCGGGCGAGUACGAAGUUGCUGGGACGCCAGCUCUGUACGAACGUGAUCGAGACAGAGAAAAAAUUAGAAUUCCAGGGCCUAUUAAGGAAGACAUCGCAGUCUACUUAAUUUACAGAGGUCAAUAUCGCAAUUUCGGCUUACGUUAUGAAUACACCGUGCCGAAAAAAGAACCUGACCGGGCCCCAGAAUACUCGUGGGUAUCCUCCGAUUGGACUCUCUGCACAGUCACCUGCGGUGGCGGCACUCAAACUUCGCACGCGGUCUGUCACGAAAGAAAAAGCGGCAUCGUCGAAGACCACUUUUGCGACGGCAUAGAAAAGCCGGAGCCGAAGUCGCGCGAAUGCAAUUCGAAUCCGUGCCCCGCGAGGUGGUGGGUAGGCCCAUGGCAAAUGUGCCCCGUUACGUGUGGCGAUGGUGCGCUACGUAAGAGAUCAGUAAUGUGUGUAUUCUCUGGCACGGGUACCGAUCGAUCGGACCUGGCCUUACCCGAUCGCGAUUGCGACAAGAACAUGCGGCCCGAAGAAAUGGAACCGUGCCCCGAUCUACCGCCGUGCGGGCCCACGUCGGAGGUACCGUUGAUCGUGUACGCCGACAACAAGGACAUGUCGUUCUACAACAUCAGCCUAAACGAACAGGACGGUAUUACGAUAGUCGACGGCCUCACCACCGAGGAGCCGGAGAUCCUCGAGUUCGACAACGUCGUCGACGAGAACCCGGACAAUUCCAUGUACAACACCAAGUCAAAGUGGACAGUAUCGAAGUGGAGUCAUUGCUCGAACGGCAAGAGGAGUAGAAAGGUCACCUGCUCCGUCCCGGGCGAUUGUAAUCCGAAUAACAAGCCGCCCAAUGUCGAGGAUUGUUACAGUGGAAAAUGGAUUACGGGAAAUUGGGGAAGUUGCAACGCGACCUGCCUCGUGAAGUCUGGAGUUAAACAUAGAGAAGUACAAUGUCGUGAUCGCGCGACGGACUUGUUAUCAAAUGAUUGCAAUCUCGACAGAAGACCAUUUGAUAUAAAGCGUUGUUAUUACCGACGGCAAUGCGCCAACGAGAAAAAUGAUUGCAAGGAUAGAGCAAUGGCAUCGUGUGCAAACUACAGACGCAUGUGUGAUGUAUCAUCGAUCGUACGAGAAAAGUGUUGCGCCACGUGCACAAAACGACGGCGACACGUCCGUCACAACCGACGACACAUCUUCGCCGAAUAACAAAAUAAAGGGCUGAAAAGCUGAGAGUGCAGAAGUAUUUUGAAAAUAAAUCCUGGCAACGGACAACACAUCCGUCCUGUUUUGUGUCCAUAUUAUCCGAAUUAAGAUAAAAGCGUAGAGGAAAAUUUCACGCUUGUUUCGUACGUGACAACGAAAAGAUGGAAAAAUGUAUGACAGAGGUGAUAUUACGAGAUUAUAUUUGUAACUUUGUACUACCGCGUUUAUAUAUAUAUGUAUAUUUUGUACCAAGAAAAUAUAACCGUAGCACCAUGUGCGCAUCACCCUUUAUCGAUCUUUAUGUUUGUUAAGAUAAUAAUUGCAAAACAUUGCAAACGCCAAAUAUAUAUUUACCAGAUGCAAUAUUUUAAUAGAGAAACGAUCAAAAUAGUGUAAUACGAAACUAAUAUUAUCAAAGAAUUUCUAUAUAAUAAUAAUAAAAGUAACGGUUCUUACAUUAAAAAAUGUUAUCUAGUAUGUUUGCCGCGUCAUUCAAUGUUUUGUUAAAUAAAUAAUGUGCUAAUCACUGUAAAUUUUAGAUAUUGCCAUUUUAUAAUACUAGGACCGUUUUUCUACUAAAACAUUUAAUUGUCAUAUCAUGCAAUAAAAAAGUUUCAAUAAUUUUGGGAUUAAAAGCUUUUCGAAUCUAUAAAAAUUCUAGGAUCUAUAAUUAUUUCAAGAAUAGAAUUAUCUAAUUGCAACAACAAGUUUCCUAUUCAAAUAUUUAUGUUUAUAAAAUUUAUUGGAGCAAAGUUUAUAAAUAAUAAGACAUUUAGAUUGAAUAAGAUUCAUUUAUUCUUUAAACAUUAAUAUUCAUCGUUUUUAAGAAUAAGAAUAUUUAAUAACUCUUUUCAAAAAUAGAAUUUUUUUAAAAACGUUAUUCAACAGCAGUUUUAAAAAUAAAAUUUUAAAAAUUGAAUAAAGUUAAUAGAACUUUACUUAAUAAACUUUUUGAGAAGUAAAAUAAAUUAAGUGGACCUUAUUCUACUUAGGACCUUUAUUUUCAUACACUGUUUUUUACGUUGUAAUAAUAUUAUAAAAUCCAUUUUUAUUUACACAAAUUUAAUCCCCGUCCUUUAAAUCUACAAUCUACAUAAUCAACCAGCAAGAAAAGAAUAAACUUGCAUGAACUUC